AAACACAUGUCAUCUUUAAUGCGCGCAAGAUUUUCAAUUUAUUAUCUCGUUACCAUCUUUGACAUCUGAAUGUCUUUGCAAAGGCCAAAAAUGUUCCGAUAUUAAUAUAAAAUGUAUCGAUUCGUUCUACAAUUCGUCUUUUGUAUGAACUAAAUGAUGAUCAGAGUCUUAGUUAUUGUGGCAUCGGUACUGCAGUCUCUCGCCAAAGAGAAUUGUCCAGAUAAGUACAGAAGACUGAGCCAAGAGCACAGUUUCUGCAAACCUCCGAAUACUCAGUGUUCUUUCGUCACCAGGGGACUGCAAGACCAAAAAGCUGAGAUAGCCGAGAUACUGAAAGCCCACAAUGAUUACCGAAGUAAGAUAGCUACCGGAAGUGAAACAAGAGCUGGCGGACUUAAGGAAGCCUCUAAUAUGCUUGAAUUGGCAUGGGACAAUGAACUUGCUCAAAUUGCGCAAAAGUGGGCGGAGCAAUGCAACUAUAAUCAUGACUGUGCUGCUUGUCGAUCAGUUAGAGGCUUCGGUGUUGGGCAGAACAUGGCGUACAGCAAAUACUAUUGCCAAGGCAAGUGUGAAAUAAGGAAGACAGAAUGGUACGAUGUAGUUGGAGAUUGGUACAGUGAAGUAGCUGAUUUUCACAAAAGAUUUGUACCGGCAUUAAAUUACACGGGUGCAGUUACAACUCAUUUCACUCAGUUAACGUGGGCGGAAACCUAUAAGGUUGGAUGCGGUUAUGUUGCUUACAAAGAAGAUGACGGUGGCAUUAAACAGUUUUAUGUCUGCGACUACGGACCGAGGGGAAACAUGAUAAAAAACCCUUUAUAUAAGGAAGGAAGGCGUUGUACAGGAUGUCCAAAAAAUUCAUGCUGUGAUAAAACUUGCCAAGGAAAAACGUAUCCCGGGCUUUGCCGAUUGUCAAGCAGUCCUCCAAUUUAUCCGAAGGAUAAAAACCUUCUCUAUUUGUGUGAUUUUCGUGCAGGUGAUCCCAAUUGCGAGUUUGAUUCGGGCAACGGGGAUAAAUGGAAACUUGCGAAAACUUCGGCAGGAAAUCUGUUGAGUGUUGUGGUGAAGGGAGGGAAGACUGCAACUGCACAUUUCCGCAAUCCAAUCCAAUCCAAGAAAGAUACUUGCAUGCUAAUCAGCCUGAGGAAGGGACCCAACGUAGCAGGAGAGAAGGAUGACAGCAGCGUUGAAGUUGAGUUUGAACAAAAUGGACAGAAAUUCCCCAUGCAAGUAUGGACCUAUCCAUGGGCUGAUUUCCUCAAGACUCCCGUACAAGUGGGAUAUGACGGGAACAUAAAAUUUUCAAUUAAAAUGAGUGUUCCUGUCGGCACCCCACCUCAGUACAUUGACAUAAAGGAAAUACAAAUUACGAAUAAACCCUGCCAAUAUGGAAAAUAAGAAUUUAAAAAUAUCCAAAAUGUCGUCUAUAGAUGUAUUCAUACAAGUGUUUAUAUUGGAUAGUGUUUUGCUACCACCCUCUUUGGAGAAUAAAUUUUGUUGUUUGAA